CGUAGUUCGCAACUGAAGUCAGAAAAAAUAUAAAAUGUUACAAUGUCAGCCUCAAAUAACCGUUUAGACAUGCAACAUGGCUUUGUGAAAUGUAUCAUUAAAAACCAAAUCGACAGGGACAACUAUGAUAAAGAAAUCAAGGCUAAACAGACAGAAAAAACUCCAUGUAAAUCACAAAAUAAUUCUAAAAACAAGAAACCAGAUAUUCAAACUUACGUGCCACCAUCCCGGAAAACAAAUUCAAGCAAAACAAAUCCAGAUGGCACAAAAAUGCCUGUGAGGCAACUACUGUUCAAAAUAGAAUAUGAAGAUGAACAUGGUCAGAAACAUGAGUUUGAAGUAUUCAAGGGGGAUGAUCCAACAGUAUUAUCGAAGCGAUUUGGAAAAGAGCUGAAAUUACCAGAAAUUCUAAUAAGAUCUUUAGCAGAGAGACUAAAGGAAGAAACGCAAAUGUGCAAUAGUGUUCACUUGACAAAUGCUCCAUCGUGACACAACCCACGACAUACUUAACAGUUCUCUAUACCUCUGUAGGCCAUUAUACGUGGAGUGCUAUGGGUGAAUUUUACUAAUUUUAGAGUAUUUAUUACCUGAAGACUGUGUAGUGUGUUUUGUAAUGGGAAGUGGAUGUUUCAAGAAAAUGUCUUGAUUUUAUAUGACAUACAUAUAAAUUUAUUUUGAAAUAUCCUCAUAUAAUGUUGAGUUCAGGAUUUUUUACUGGAUUUAUUUAUUGUUAGAUCUCUAAAGAGAAUGACAUUGUGGCUUGCGUAUACAUAGCCUACAGGUUGUGUUUUAUUUUAUCAUAAAUCAGCUUUAUAAUGUCAUUGCUUGCAUGGCAAAUAAAAUAGAUUUUUGCUGAUUUUAGUGUUUAAAUCAAAGGUCCAUGUGCAGUAUGGCAAGUGAUUUUAGACAGUCA